AACGAGUUUGUUCUUCGAGUGGAAAGUGUAGCUGUGCGAAAUCUAGCUCGGAGCUUAGCAGGAGGUCCGUCAGUCCCAAAGGCGAGUUUGUUUCUCGGAGCCACAGCACCUUCGCUGUUGUCGUUAGGCUGCGAUCUGCUAAGAUGACAGAGCUGAGGCACCGUGGAGCCAGAGACACCGACCCCACGUUACAACAACAGCCGUCAGAGGACAGGGGCUCAGACAGUGAGCUGAAGGUGGAAAAAGAUGGGGUGUCAGACAGUGAUUCCAAGGUGGACUCAGGGGUCCCAGAGGUGCCAGUCCCUCCUGAUGACACCCCAGAGGUUCUAAACAAGGCCCUGUCUGGACUCUCCUCAAGAUGGAAGAACUGGUGGGUUCGAGGGAUCCUCACACUAGCCAUGAUCUCCUUCUUCUUCUUCAUCAUCUACCUGGGCCCAAUGGUGCUUAUGAUGAUUGUUCUCUGUGUUCAGAUCAAGUGCUUCCAUGAAAUCAUCAUGAUUGGCUACAGCGUUUACCACUCAUACCACCUGCCCUGGUUCAGGACGUUGAGCUGGUACUUCCUUCUGUGUGUGAACUACUUCUUCUACGGUGAGACUGUGACGGAUUACUUUUUCACGCUGGUGCAGCGGGAGGAGCCGCUUCGCAUCCUCAGCAAAUACCACCGCUUUAUCUCCUUUGCCCUCUACCUCACAGGUUUCUGCAUGUUUGUGCUGAGUUUGGUGAAGAAGCACUAUCGCCUUCAGUUCUACAUGUUUGGUUGGACCCAUGUGACUCUGCUGAUUGUAGUGACUCAGUCUCAUCUUAUCAUUCACAAUCUGUUUGAGGGCAUGAUCUGGUUCAUCGUGCCCAUUUCCUGUGUGAUCUGUAAUGACAUUAUGGCCUACAUGUUUGGUUUCUUCUUCGGCCGCACGCCUCUCAUCAAGCUGUCGCCUAAAAAGACAUGGGAGGGAUUCAUCGGUGGAUUCUUCUCCACCAUUGUGUUUGGGAUCAUGCUCUCCUAUGUGAUGGCAGGCUGGCGCUACUUUGUUUGUCCAGUGGAGUUCAACAAUGACUCCAACAGUUUCCAGGUGGACUGUGAGCCAUCAGAGCUUUUCCAGCUCCAGGACUACGCCCUGCCCAGCGUCCUGGAGUCUGUCACUGGAUGGACCACAGUGCGUCUCUAUCCGUUCCAGAUCCACAGCAUUGCUCUGUCCUCAUUUGCCUCCAUUGUGGGACCCUUCGGUGGCUUCUUUGCCAGCGGCUUCAAGAGAGCCUUCAAGAUCAAGGAUUUUGCCAACACUAUCCCAGGUCACGGUGGCAUUAUGGACAGAUUCGACUGCCAGUACCUCAUGGCCACAUUUGUUAAUGUCUACAUUGCUAGCUUCAUCAGGGGCCCCAACCCCAGCAAGGUGAUCCAGCAGCUCCUUGCCCUCCGUGCUGAUCAGCAGCUCCACAUCUUCAACUCCCUGAAGGCUCACCUGAUAGAGAAGGGCCUGCUACCAGCACUGGAGGAGGCUGCCGCCUAGAGCCAGCCGCAGCCACACUGGCUCGCCCCGAAGGCAGGAAAGGAGGAGGGAACCACCCGGGGGCUCUGUGCAGCCCCGGAGCUCUGGGAGACUUGCAGUGCUUCGCGUGAGCGAGAACACAUCCAAGAAAAAAAAGAAAACUACAAAAAACUACAGCCUUGGGUCAUUCCAUGUCAUUUGGGUAUGAGAGUUGUGUGCGUUCAUACAGUGCGUGAGUCAUGUUUCUGACAUCAGUGUUUUCAGGUUGAGUUAGUGAAUUACUGUUACACAUUUCCAUUAUAGCCAGCGUGUAUCUAUCCACACUGUUGAACAAUAUGUUGGUCAGCUGUACAUUUCUACCUGUAUACAGGAUAUCCUCUAUAUACCUAUUAAUGUGUGUUAAUAUUUUAUUGUACUUUUUUUGUUUUUGUUUUAAUGCACUGCUCUCAACAUCGUUACUCACUGUAUUGUUACCCUGCUGCACCCCCUCCCCCCUUUGUUUUAAUUUCCUUGGUUGUGAUUGUUUCUAUUUAUACAUAGAUGGUUUUUAUAUUUGGUAUGUUCUGUUAUCUUAAUGUCGUGUCCGUAUCUGUUUUAUUAAGACAGAGUUUAUCUUUA